AUGUCUGACCCUCCCUACGCGCUCUUCGUCCUCGACAAGAGCAUCACCAACGAGUAUCUCAACUCCGUCCUUGAGCGCGCCUACCAUGGCGACGGUGGUGAGGACUGGAACUUCUGGGUCGCGACAGAUUCCUACGACGACCUACCCGCAUGCCCCGAAGUCCACAAGCCCCCUCCGCCCGGUGGCACGGAGGCGCCUGUACCAUCCUCCUUCGUCUCACCCUGGCUCGGAAAGACGCCCGAAGAUUGCGCAAAGUGGUUGCAGGCGAUGCCACGCACCGAAGACACGGAUGAGAAGAAGUUUAGGGUUGACACGCCUGUGAGCGACCUGUACUUUGUUUUCCUCAACGAAUUCUCCAAGGACGAAGAUCUUGUCUUCGUCGCGCGCGUUGUCGAGGAAGAUGGGAAAGAGAUGAGAGUUGAGUAUUUUCCGCAGUCGACGGACAAAGUACAGAAACAGAUGUGGACGAUUUUGCAGUUCGACGAGAGAGUGAUCAACUACCAGCGCAGGCAGUUCAGCAACAAGGAGCCAGAUCGAAGUCAGUACAAAGAGCCGAAGGACUAG